UUACAGAUAUUACUUAAAAACAUAAAUAUGUAACAAACCAUGUAUUUUCUUAGUUUAACAAUAUUCUAAUGAAAAACUUUUAUAAGUGGUAUCCGCUUUAAAAUUUGCAUCGUGGUGCUAAUUAUUGAACAUCAAUCAAGUUUCCGCAUCGAUUCGUUCAGACAAGCCGGAUAACUCUACAGAUAACAAAAUGCAUUUGGCGGUAUUGUCGCUGCUGCUGGCAGCGUCUACAUGCGCAGCCAAGAGAACUGAUCUGUACUACAACAGCUCCUUGCCAGCGCCCCAGCAACACUUCAAGUUCCUCUUCCUGCUCCCGACUCCUGUAACCAGCCACACGUGGGCCGUCGCCCCACUUGCGGUGGCGUUGGCACACAGGGGGCACGAGGUCUCCAUGCUGUGCGAUGACCCGAACAUCUUCGAGUUCCCAAACGUAACUUGCAUCUACCACGGCAUCACGAUUACCGAACAAAUACCACAUAAGUAUGGCAAAGACAGCAACUUUGUUACUGAAUUUACCAAAAUUCUUAAUUCGCUAGACGGUAUUGCCGAGAAGAUGAGCUCUUCGGCGGCAUUCCAAAAACUCUACAAAAGUCGCAAAGAAUUUGAUCUCAUCGUUGUUGAAGAUUUUGCUAUGGCCGUGAUGUACCCUCUUCUCAACGAGAUGCCGUACGUCCUCUACUCUUCGCUCUCACUGAACGCCUACCAGAGCGCCCAGCUCGGCAAUGUCCAGAACCCUCUUUACGUGGCCGAGGGAAGGUCAUUCGAUUUCCCUCAUUCAAAUUCAUUGAUGGAUCGUAUAAAAAACCUGAUAACCAAUAUAUUCUCUUACAUUUUCUUCGGUCUACUUCUUCAUUGCGCCACUAAAACACUCGAGACAAACGUACCUGAUAGCCGAACGUUGACUGAACUAGAACGUAACGCCAGCGUCCACUUCAUCAAUACAAUUCUGGCCCUGGAUGGUCCUAUGCCGCUACUUCCGAACCAAAUACCAAUAGGAGGUAUUGUCCUGCGCCCCUUGUCAGACUUACCUGAGGAUAUAGCCGACUUCCUUUCUGGAGAAAAGCCCGUAGUUUACGUGAGCUUCGGGAUUUCAGUCCUGACAGACGACAACAUCCCCCCCGAAAACAAGAAAAUAUUGUUUUCCGUCUUCUCCAAACUUCGUUAUAAAGUCAUCGUGAAAAUUUCUAAACAGAAGUACAAAAGAACUGAUAACGUUCUUUACGUCGACUCUGUUCCUCAACAGACUAUUCUAGCACAUCCUAACGUGAAGGCAUUCGUCAGUCACUGCGGAUUAGGCGGCGCCGUAGAGGCAAUUCAGAACGCCGUGCCGAUCGUUGGCUUGCCAGCUCUUCUGGAUCAACACAGAACAGCUUUUCUUCUGCAAAAACACGGUGCCGCCAUUUUACUUUCAUGGGACAUACUGGACGAGAAAAACUUGGAAAACGCCAUUGAAGAAGUCAUUCUUAAUCCGAGUUACCGACGCAAAAUGGGGGAUUUGUCUCGCAUAUUUCGAGACCAGCUCGUCUCGCCGCUGGACACGGCGGUCUACUGGACCGAGUACGCAGCGAGACACCAGGGGGCGCCGCACCUCCAGUCUCCUGCCCGAGGGCAUUCUUUCAUAAAGUUAUUUGGUCUCGACUUCAUUGUCUCAAUAUUCUUUGGGUUAUUGCUUAUUCAAUGGAUGUGGAAAUGGAGAUCUACUACGCAAUUCGCAAGAAGAAUAGAUUACAAUAAAAAUAAAUGUGAUAAUUUACAGGAAUAAUUUUUUAAUAUUAA